GGGAUCUGGGCGGGGCGCGCGGCAUCCCCGCGGGGGGAGUCGGUCACCCGGUCUCGCCGCCGCCAAAGUUUCCCGGAGCCGCGGCGGCCGCCCUUCCUUCCCAGGCCCUGGGCGUGGGGACGACCCGCGGGCGAGAACUGUUUCCGAGGGCAGCGCGGCCGCCUCUCCGGCCAGACCCCGUGCCUCCAUAGCGCCCAACUCGGAUUCCCAACUUGGGAGGCGCCGCGGGCCUGCGCACGCGCGCCUUCCUCGCCGCCGCCUCCUCCUCCUCCUCCCCCUCCUCCCCCUCCUCCUCCUCCCCCGACUUGGGAGCAGGAUCCGGGCCGAGCGGACGCCGGCUCCCGCGCACGGAUUGCCGCCCGGGCUCCGGCUCCGGCUCCGGCUCCGCCCGCGCCCAUGCCGGCCGCCCGCCCGCUGCGCCCCCGCCCGAGGGCCCGCUGAGCGCGGCCGGAGAGGGGCGCGGGGAGGGCGAGUUCGGGGAGUUGCACUAGUUGGCGGGGCGAUGGAGGAGCAGGAGCGGGGGUCGGCGCUGGAGAAGAACGUGGCGGAGCUGACGGUCAUGGACGUGUACGACAUCGCGGCGCUGGUGGGCCACGAGUUCGAGCGGGUCAUCGACCAGCACGGCUGCGAGGCCAUCGCGCGCCUCAUGCCCAAGGUCGUGCGCGUCCUGGAGAUCCUGGAGGUGCUGGUCAGCCGCCACCACGUCGCGCCCGAGCUGGACGAGCUGCGCCUGGAGCUGGACCGCCUGCGCCUCGAGAGGGUGGACCGCAUCGAGAAGGAGCGCAAGCACCAGAAGGAGCUGGAGCUGGUGGAGGACGUGUGGCGGGGGGAGGCGCAGGACCUCCUGUCCCAGAUCGCCCAGCUGCAGGAGGAGAACAAGCAGCUCAUGACCAGCCUCUCCCACAAGGACGUCAGCUUCUCCGAGGAGGAGUUCCAGAAGCACGAAGGCAUGUCGGAGCGGGAGCGGCAGGUGAUGAAGAAGCUGAAGGAGGUGGUGGACAAGCAGCGCGACGAGAUCCGCGCCAAGGACCGGGAGCUGGGCCUGAAGAGCGAGGACGUCGAGGCCCUGCAGCAGCAGCAGACGCGGCUGAUGAAGAUCAACCACGACCUCCGGCACCGCAUCACCGUGGUGGAGGCGCAGGGCAAGGCCCUGAUCGAGCAGAAGGUCGAGCUGGAGGCCGACCUGCAGACCAAGGAGCAGGAGAUGGGCAGCCUGCGGGCGGAGCUCGGGAAGCUGCGGGAGCGGCUGCGGGGCGACCCCAGCCAGAACGGCGAGGAGGAGCCCGAGGCGGAGCCCGGCGGGGAGGAGAGCAUCUCGGAGGCGGAGAAGGCGGCCAUGGACCUCAGGGACCCCAACCGGCCCCGCUUCACGCUGCAGGAGCUGCGGGACGUGCUGCACGAGAGGAACGAGCUCAAGUCCAAGGUGUUCUUGCUGCAGGAGGAGCUGGCGUACUAUAAGAGUGAAGAAAUAGAAGAGGAAAAUCGAAUGCUCCAGCCCCCGCCCAUCGUCCACCCGAGAAUGUCCCCCCAGCCGGAGUCUGGGAUCAAGCGACUUAAAGAAGGUCCUUUAAGUGACGGGUUUAGCUUCUUCUCCCGGGAUAAGAAGCGCCUGGCCACCACGCAGCGGGGCCCGCACGGCCAGGAGUCCUUCGGCCAGUGGGCCCGCGCCCACCGGGACGACGGCUACACGGAGCAGGCACAGGAGGCCCUGCAGCACCUGUGAGCCGGCCGCCCGCCCUCGGACCCGCGCCCGCGCCCGGCGCCAUGGGCCUGCCACGGACCCGGCGGCCCAGGGCUCGCGGCCUCGCACGCCCCUCGGGCCAGGUGCCCCUCCAAACGGAGCCUCAGACGGACUGUCCGCGCCGAGGAGGCACGUGGAAAACUUGCCAAACGCUGCGGAGUGUGUGUGGACACCAGGCCCUCCCGUGUGUCGUGGGCGACUGUGGCCCCUCGGUUUCUAUUUAAUACGCGCGUGCGUGUGCGCGGAGGCCAGACUUCUGCAUUAACUCAGUAACACAAGCUUCUUUACGCCAAAUACACCCCUUGCCGCUGUUGAA